AUGCAUAACACUCUCAAGCACAAGGGUAAAGCAGCGAAAUUCGUGGACGAUAUAUUUCAGCCUGCUGAAAACAAUUUAUUAAGUGUUAAACAAAAUCUCAACAACAAACGUCGUUGUAUGGCUAUGCUCUUGCGCGAUUAUCUUUCUGAACAACCAAUUCCUAAGCUGUACACAUGUUAUAAUCACAGAUACAAUCUAAUUAAAGAGGCACAUCAGUCUUUUGAUACGUUAGCACAACAGCAAAAACCAAGCCUUCUGCUAAUUGCCAUAACAAAGUCUAUGCUAACAGUCUACGACAGCAGUUCAGUUGAAAAUCUUGCUGCAUUUUUACAGGGCAUAUUAGACGAAAAGCCGCAAAUAAUAAAAGAAUUCGGUGCUUAUAGAUGUGAUUUUAGUGCAAUUGAUACGCAGGAUACAUAUGCACGAUUAAGAGAUAAAAUUCGUGGCUCCAAUUGUGGAUGA